AUGGAGCCAGCCCAUGUCAACGACAACUGCUUCUAUGACGAUAGUAUGAAUCCUAUGAUGAUGGGAGACGUCUUUUUUCAUGAACGCUUUGAUUCGAAAGGAAGCAGCGUGUCUUCGUUGAAGGGCGCUCAUGCGCAAAAGAAGCAAGGCGCCAACGAUGCCAUGUACACAGGGGAGCACACACAUAUGGGGUAUAAUGACUCAUACCCCUACCCGAAUAAUAGUUAUAACGUCAACCACGCCCAGGGGCACAAUCGUGGUGAAAACCACGCGAACCAAGGCAUCUCUAGUAAUGUCUACUCACCCAAUAGUGAAAGCAAUAGGAAUUACUAUGACAACAGGUCUAAAGGGAAGCCAUACAACUCUGUGAGGUCCUCUCGAAGGAAUAUGUGCGAUGGAUAUUUCCCGGUUUAUGAGUCAUUCAUGGACGGAAACUCCGAAAUGCCUGAGAUGCUUUCCAAAAACUGGGCUGAUGUGGAAAGGGAUCGUAGAAGCACCAAGAAAUUGUCAGGGUAUCGUGGCAGCCAGCGGAGCAGUAAUAGCAACUAUAGCCUCGCUUCAAUCGGGGCGACCGGGCUUCCUUCUCCUGUAAAGCCGUUCCAUUGGGUGCCAAAUCGAACAUUUUUUGGCUGCGAUUACGAGUAUGAGAAUCAGCAACACUCAUUUUUACAUGCAGCUCUAGUUCGAUAUGGCCAGCAGCAGCAGCGGCAGCAUGAGCUCAACUACAGAAAUGCCAUCGGCGGAUAUCCCCAAGGCGCAUACUAUGCCAACGGUCCACCUCAAAGUGAAUACCAAUGUAACAAUGUGUAUAAUGAAAAUAGUGGAUCAAUCGACAAUAACAAUUGUGAAGAUGUCCCAGACGACCUUCCCGUUGCGUGCAUCGAAUCGAGCACAAAAUUGUCGUUCCAUGGCCCUAUCGGCAUACUGGGCCAUAUUGCUGCGAAAAAGUACCACAAAUAUAAGGAUAGUAUAGAGGCUGCAGAUAUGAAGGACCGGGAACUUAGGUUGAAUGUAUGGUGUGAUUGGGAUAUUUUACUAGAAGCGACGUACGUUGACUCCCCCAGAAGGAUCGAUGAGUUGGAAGACAAUAAGGAAGAGUCACAAGUUGAGGAAAUACACGAGCAGAACCCCACAAAUCAUAACGAUGGAAAGGCGCCGGUAGGGCGAAAACAUGCCGCAGGGGCGGGCGUUUCUGGAGCAGUAUCCGGAGCAAACGAGGGGUUCGCUCCGAAAGCUCAGAACAAGCGUCACGGACAAUCCAAAAAAGAAGGAGAUGCUCACCAUGACAUGUCACAUGCGCAGAACUGUAGCGGAAAUAUAUCACCUCAAUUAGAAAACAGUUUUGAAGUGUACCUCUGUUCCAACUCCAUGAUGGACUUAUGGGAUCACGGUGGAAGGAGCGGCUGUGGAUCCCUGUGCUAUUCUGAUAAGAGUCUCGCUAAGAGUACGGUUGCUCUGACGAUGAACGCUCCUAAAGCUUCACCGGGCUCUCAUAAAAGCGUGGAAGAGCCUGCGCCCCCACUGACAUCGUAUGAUUCGGGUGAAGGUGACAGUCCUUUAAACGACUUUACACUUCAGAAGCGUUGUUUGGAACAACAGCGCCUUAAUAGAAAGAAGAACCGUACCUUUGCACGACGGGUUAAGAAAAUUUUAAACAAGCUGACCUUUGGGAGUCUGUUCUGCAGCAGCGAUGAGGUGCAUUAUUUUGUAGGUGUGGAUUCAGAUUCCACAUGCAGCGGUAGCACACGGAAUACCAGCACUGACAUCAAUAUUCACUCAGGACCAUUUAAGAACACUGAUCCAACGCGGGCGCUUGGGGGUCCUCUGGACGCAGACGAUUCCCGAACUCAAUCUGUAACGAGUAUACGCAUGCCUGCCCUUCUACCCUCCGGCAGAAGACCCCCCAAAUACACGAAGAAACAAAAAGAAGCCGUGGGACCUGCUGAUUCGGAAACCAAAUUAGAGGGGGGGGUGCCAACUACCAUAGGUGGAAACUACACCUGCUAUACACUGAGUAACUUCAUCGUUGCGGAGUCUUCAGGGCAGAUAGCGGCUCCACAACCUAAUCGCGGUGUAACGAACCCUAAGGAUAAUAAUGCCCAAAAUAAUAAUUCCACCAACGACAACAAAUCGAACCCACCACCACCCACCACCAGUCAUUCAGCCCAACCUAUGAUAGUGGAGAAGAAGGAGGUAGAUGCUACAAAGCCGGCCCAGGAGCCCAUCAGCGUUAACGUCUCAAAGAUUGGCGUCCCUGCCAAGCUGCCGGUACUCUCGAAAUCCAACUUCCAGAGUCCUUCCUCUUCGUCUAGGGACUUCGCCAAGAAGGGGGGACUGGCGCCGGUGGAGGCCGGCAAGCCGACCGUGACCCUCUUUGCUAACGGCCCUCGGGCCUCCGAGUCGCGUGAAAAGGGUGCCCCAGACAGACCAAAGAGCGAGAAGCUUCCUAACGAUGGUACGGAACUUACGCCCCAUCCACCUUCGGUCGCGCUACCAAAGCUAUCAAAGCAACUUCGUGAUCCAUCGAGUUUGAAUAGUGGGAAAAACUAA